AUGCAGUGCUACACGGAGCUACUUCCGCCCUCGGGAGUGACCCAUGCUCUCUGCCUGCCAUUCCUUUCAGCAGUGUCCAACAAUUUGAUAGUCGCAAAGACAUCGAUACUCCAAGUGUUUUCUCUAAUCAAUGUUGCCUACGGGACUACUUCAUCUUCCGGCACUGAUGACAAAAGUCGAGUUGAGAGACAGCAAUUUACAAAAUUGGUCUUAAUUGCUGAAUACGACCUUUCUGGAACAGUAACAGGAUUGGGCCGAGUCAAAAUACUCGACUCAAAAAGCGGAGGAGAGGCAUUAUUGGUAGCCACUCGAAGCGCGAAACUUAGCCUUGUUCAAUGGGACCAUGAGAAACAUGGAAUAUCGACCAUUUCCAUCCAUUACUACGAAAGAGAAGAUCUGCAUAGCAAUCCGUGGACCCCAGAUUUAAAGCUUUGCCCCAGUCUUUUGGCUGUUGACCCCAGUAGCAGAUGUGCUAUUCUUAACUUUGGUAUCCAUAGCGUCGCUAUUCUUCCUUUUCACCAGACGGGCGACGACCUUGUAAUGGACGAUUUUGAUCAGGACCUAGACGAUGAGAAGCCUGAAAAAGUCGAUAGUAGUGGCGCAGAAUCGAAUCCUGAAAAUGCGGCAAUGCACAAAACUCCUUAUGGGUCUUCCUUCGUCCUUCCACUUACUGCUCUGGACCCUGCCUUGACCCAUCCAAUACAUCUCGCAUUUUUAUUUGAAUAUAGAGAACCUACUUUUGGCAUUCUGUAUUCAAGUGUUGCUACAUCAUGCUCACUAUCGCAUGAGCGGAAGGAUAUAGUUUUAUAUGCUGUGUUUACUCUUGAUAUGCAGCAGCGAGCAUCUACAACUUUGAUUACGGUCUCACGAUUACCAAGCGAUUUGUGGAAAGUGGUUCCUCUACCACCGCCUAUUGGCGGAGCCCUUUUGAUUGGCUCUAACGAGCUUAUCCAUGUUGACCAGGCUGGGAAGACCAAUGCUGUUGGCGUCAACGAGUUUGCCCGACAAGCAUCAGCCUUUUCGAUGGCAGACCAGUCGGACCUGGAGUUACGUCUGGAAGGCUGUGUGGUGGAGCAGCUUGGUACUGAGAGCGGUGAUAUGUUGCUUUCAUUGGCCGAUGGAAGGAUGGCUAUCAUACGGCUCAAGGUGGAUGGACGGUCUGUUUCUGGGAUCUCUGUGUUUUUGGUUUCUGAUGAAGCGGGGGGCUCAAUACUAAGGGCUGGGUCAUCAUGCGCUGCGAGCAUUGGGCGGGGAAAGAUAUUUUUUGGGAGUGAAGCAGCCGAUUCCACUCUCAUAGGCUGGUCUAGGCCGUCCCAAUCGAUAAAAAAAAACAAAACCGAGUCCUCUGACGAUAUUUCAGGAGAUCGUUCUGAGCUGGAUGGUGAAGAUGAUGAUAUUUAUGAGGAUGAUCUGUAUUCUACCCCCAUAAACCCCCUUUCGGCUACAAAAACUCCUCCGCAGACAAACGGACACAGAAAAGAUGAGUUUAUUUUCCGCGCACACGACAAACUCCAAAAUCUAGGACCUAUGAAGAGCAUAAGCUUGGGAAAGCCUCCUGGAGCGCCUAGUAGCCGCAAAAGCCAGAGUUCUUCCGGUUUAUCCGCCGAUUUAGAUCUCAUUGUCACUCAAGGGUGCGGCAACGCUGGUGGACUUGCUAUUCUUAAGCGAGAAUUGGAGCCAUACGUUAUAGAUUCUAUGAGGAUGAAUAACCUUAAUAGUGUAUGGUCUGUGCAAGUUGGAAAUUCCGGCACGACAAACACCUCGCUACGAAAUUACGAUAAAUAUUUGAUUUUUUCAAAAUCUACCGAGUUGGGGAAAGAGCGAUCUGUUGUUUAUACAGUUGAAAAUAAUGGGAUAGAUGAAAUAAAAGCGCCAGAUUUCAAUCCUAAUGAAGACGUUACUGUUGAUAUUGGAACCCUUGCAGGUGGAACAAGAGUCAUCCAAGUGCUCAAGUCGGAAGUCAGGAGCUAUGAUGUUGAUCUCGGGUUGGCUCAAAUAUACCCUGUUUGGGAUGAAGAUGUGAGCGGAGAGCUUUCCGUGAUUAGAACUAGUUUCGCGGAACCCUAUCUUCUUAUUAUUCGAGAUGACCAGUCUCUUCUUCUUCUACAGGCAGACAAGAAUGGUGACUUGGAUGAAGUUGGGAUUGAAGGAAUAUUAAGUUCGGGAAAAUGGCUUUCAGGCUGUUUAUACCUCGAUAAAUAUCGCACAUUUAUCCCUAAUACCAAGGGCCAGGAUAAAAGUGCAACAGAUAAUGUUAUUUUGGCUCUUCUUCGUGCAGACAAUAGUCUAUUUUUAUAUUCUCUUCCGGACCUUACAACACCCCUUUGCACUGUGGAGGGUGCCGACCUUUUGCUCCCUAUUCUAUCACGCGAGCCACCACCUCGACGAGCCACCUAUCGCGAGAAGCUAUCCGAAGUCUUGAUUGCUGAUCUUGGAGACUCGAUUAGCCGACAGCCCUAUAUGAUACUUCGUACUAACACUGAUGACAUUACGAUCUAUCAACCGUACUAUCCCUUGCUCCCCGGUGAAUCGAACCUGCGAUUUUUGAAACUUACCAACUAUUUUCUACCAAAAUAUGAUCCAGAUAUGGAUAAACUAAGCCCUGCACGUUUUAAUCCCCUUCGCGUAUUACCAGAUCUCUGCGGGUAUAAAACGGUUUUCAUGCCAGGGCCCAAUCCGUGUUUUAUUAUGAAGUCAUCCACCAGCUCUCCGCAUGUUUUAAAACUUAGAGGGAAAGCCGUUCAUUCACUGAGUAGCUUCCAUAUCCCCGCCUGUGAGAGAGGAUUUGCGUAUAUCGACAAAAGUAGUAUGGUGCGAAUGUGUAGGCUACCUGGAAAUGUUCGGUUAGAAAACUCAUGGGCUAUGCGCAAGAUAAAUAUGGGCGAGCAAAUAGACUUGUUGGAGUAUGCGGCGAAAUCAGAGACUUAUGUACUGGGAGCUUGCCAUAAAACAGACUUCAAACUUCCAGAUGAUGAUGAGGUGCAUACUGAAUGGCGAAAUGAAGGCAUCCCUCGCACAUGGUCUGUUAUUGACACAUACCAACUCGGUGCUGCUGAGCGUGGUAUGUGUAUCAAAGCCAUCACUAUGGAAGUUUCCGAAACCACCCAUGAAAUGAAAGAAAUGAUAGCAAUCGGAACUGCUAUUGUACGAGGCGAGGAUAUUCCUCCUCGCGGGUCUAUCUAUGUCUUUGAAGUAAUAGAUGUGGCUCCGGAUCCGGAACAUCCAGAAACAAACCAAAAGCUGCGGCUCUUUGCUAAGGAAGAUGUAAAAGGCGCUGUCACUGCAAUUUCUAACAUUGGCGGGCAAGGAUUCUUAAUUGCAGCCCAAGGCCAAAAAUGUAUAGUUCGCGGGCUGAAAGAGGACGGAAGCCUGCUUCCUGUAGCAUUUAUGGAUAUGCAAUGCUACGUCAAUGUUCUGAAAGAGUUGAAGGGGACAGGUCUGUGUAUAAUGGGGGAUGCUGUUAAGGGGAUUUGGUUUACUGGAUAUUCCGAAGAGCCCUAUAAGUUGACGCUUUUUGGUAAAGAUAGCAUGUAUCUUCAGGUUAUGGCCGCAGAAUUUUUACCGGAUGCACAACGGUUGUAUAUCUUAGUCGCCGAUGACGACUGCACUAUACAUGUUCUUGAAUACGACCCGGAAGACCCUGCAUCUUCAAAAGGUGAUCGACUCCUUCAUCGUAGUCGUUUCCACACAGGGAAUUUUACGUCGACAAUGACACUACUGCCCCAACAUAGAAAGCUGCCACUUAACCUUGAAGACGGCAUGGAUAUUGACUCUGGCCCAGCAGCAUACCAAGUACUUGUGACAUCCCAGUCCGGCUCGAUCGGUGUGAUUACUGCUCUGAGCGAAGACACAUACCGCCGGCUAUCAGCACUACAAUCCCAGCUUGGAACAACCAUAGAGCAUGCCUGUGGCUUGAACCCAAAAGCGUACCGAGCGGUUGAGAGUGAUGGAUUUGGCGGGCGGGGAGUUGUUGAUGGAAACCUUUUAUUAAAGUGGCUUAAUAUGGGGGUGCAGCGAAAAGCAGAGAUAGCAGGGCGCGUAGGCGCUGAUAUCGACAGUAUUCGCGAAGAUUUGGAGAUGAUUGGCGAUGGUCUGGGGUUCUUAUAA